GCCAGACUACUUUAUAUUCGAGACCCAUUGGAUUGUCAACCUUCGAGUCCGGCACAUUUUGCACGUCAAAAUAGGCUCCGGACAGAGUCACAGCCUCUGCUAUGGCGGCACGAUGGGCAACGGAUAUUUUCGAACGUCACAAACGUCGUCGUCAUCACGCCAGCGGGAAAAGCGGGGCAAGGACAGCUAUAGCUACCAGCACAACUACGUGGAUCGGGUGCGUUUAGAGGACACCACUGGCCUGCACCACCACAACAGUCACCAACAAGCCACCCACGAUCCGAGGUGUCCGCAGUUGAGAGCCGCUGGCUGGAGGCAUACGCACAAAUCGGUGUCCCAUCUCGACUUGGCCACCAGCUGUCAUGAUGCAGCUGGGACUGGCUUAGGUCGCUACUCGCAGCACCAGCUGCUCCACCACAACCGCAGCCAGGCGAACCACCAGCAGCAGCAGCAGCAGCAGGACCAUCACCAUCUGCACCCCCAUCCCCACUCGCACUCCCACCACCCACACGCCCAGCCCCACUGGACGCAGUGUCGGGUGGGCGGGGCCGGAAGCGGAAACGGUCAGCUGAGGAACGCCCGAUCCCUGGACUAUACGCAGCUCGAGCGGGACGAGAACGCCUUGGACAUCGCCGAGUUCUACUGGCGGUUCGAUGCGGAAGCUCCGCUAGACCAAGUCGAUAGCUACGCGGUUCUUCCAAUUACCGAUAACUUUGAGCCCUCGGCAGCGGCUUUAAAGGUUGUAGGUUCGGGAGAAACCACCACAGCCAGCACCACCACAAUCUCCGGCAAAGCGAAUGGUGGUGCAACAACCACCGUAACCACUGCUGCUGCAAACGCUCUGCUCGACAUUUUGGGCAGCGAGUCGUGCAGCUUAAGGAGAUCGCGCAGCUUGGCCGUAAUACGUGAGGAGACGUUUAGCGACCUGCAAAUUGGAUCGGCAAACAGCAGUCGCCGCCGAUCGCAGCUAAUACCCCGUGCCCGGCUCGUUAAUCGCGGAUUUUUCCGCGAAUCGCCCCGAUUGAACGGCAAACCGAAUCAGGCGACCUUGGUGGAUGAGCAGUCAGCGGAUCAGUCGGCGGAUGACGCCCAGAGCCAGAGAAGUAACUCGGGCACUUGCGAUUCGCAUCAGCAGCAGCAGCUACAACAGCAGCAACAGCAGCAACAUCAACAGCAGCAGCAGCAGCAACAUCAGCGACAUAGCCGAGAAUCGCGUGACUUUGAUGUCUACUACGAUAAUCUGAAACGCUUGGACGCCUUGGCUUUGAAUCUGAGUGAGCAACUGCAUCCUUGGCACAACGACAAGAGCGACUUGGAGAGCUUGAACUCGGACUAUUUCAAAAACUCUCUGCACCAAAAUCACCUGGAUCAACAGCAACCAUCUUCCCUGGAAUUUGACGCCAUCGAACAAGUGGCGGUUAGCUUACUAAAAGAAAGACCCAGGAUUUAUCAGUCUAGGAGGCAGCAACAGCACAGAAGUCUUCACCACUCCAACUGCCUACAACGUCACCUGGAUACAGGAGGCGAAUCCUGUCCGGAGCACAGUCAAAGCAGUGUUUUCCCAGAGACCACCACCAGCAAUUCGGACGAUCAAACGGAUAGUCCUUCGCUUUCGGAACAGGAAUACGAUUUAUCACACAUCGAGGAGAUCUACCAGCAGGGCGGCAAUCACGUGGAGGAGAGUUACGAGUUGAUAAGUCUUACGACCACCACAAGGACACGUUUCGAGAGUAGCGAGGAGGGUGGAGAAGAGGAGGAGGGCGGAGAAGAGGUUGUGGAAGAUCCGACCACGCCCACAGAACCACAAACCAGCGAUAGUGAUAGCACUUUAAGGCCAAAUCACACCGAUCCGUUGGAAAAACUGAUAGCCUACGAUUCGGUGUAUCUCUCAUCGGAAGACAGCUCAGAUUGCACAUUAAUUGGCGAAAGCUGCGAGUCCUUUGAGCAGAGAACUUUCACCAGUUGUGGGGAAAGUGGAGAGUUGGAAACCCGCAGCUUGCUGCAUAUUUCCAUAGAGGAUACGGUUUAUGAACCGCAGGCUAAGCAACACAAAAAGGGCGUUAAUCAAGAGGAUCAAUCCACACCACUCUUAGCCACAACAGCCAAAGUUGAAGCACAGAUAUUCACACAGGUUUUGAAAGUGGAACACACACCCAAGCCCAAAAUCCUUGCAGUGGUGGAAAAACGUAAGCUCAAACAGGAGGAAGUCAAGCAGCAAGCGCCGGAACUAAAGCGUCAGGCCACCGACUCCUUCAUAGUUACUGCCAGCAAAUCCAAUCUCACAGAGAAUCAAUACCAUAGCCUGCCGGAUGUUAAUAUAGGAGUGAGUCUCAAGGCUUGCGAGAACAUAGACAAGGAGCUCAGAUCAUCCUACAACCAACAAAGGCAGCAGCAACGCAAAGAGACCAAAAAGGAACAGCCGGUGACCCGGGCGGAGACCUACGAUUCCAUUAGACGUUUUGGACGUGCCCAUCAAAAGGCCCGGCAAAGGGAGCACCAGGAAAGGGAACGAGAACGGGAAAGGGAAGCAUCAGCCGCUCUACAGGAAAAGGAUAAGGAACGGGAAAAGGAAAAACCAAAGAUAAACAAGGAAGUUUUAGCACAGGAGCGGAAAAUUGAAGUGAAAGAAACGUCAAAGACUCAAGUUUUAAUCGAGGAGAAGCAGGAGGAAGUAGCAGAGCAAGAGGAGGAACCACUGCCACCACCACCGCCCCCUUUCUCGGAGUAUUCCCUACCGGAGGACUCUCCGGCGGAAGUAGAGCGGGAGGAGGACAUCUAUCUAUCUGUAUCUAUUUCACAACCGGAACAACCGAAGGAGGCGCCCGUCAUUGAGGUGGCCAAUUUCAGCAAGCUAAUCGAGCGAAGGGCCCAGGAAAUCCGCGAACGACAGGAGCAAAUUAAACCAUCCUUCCACAUCAUUGUCACCGACGCCCAGAACAACAUCAUCCAAAAGGAGGCCAUUGAGGAGGAGAACAAGGAACCCAGACAACAGAGGAUUAGCCCCAAUUCCAACACGAAAACAUACUCAAAUUCAAACUCAACUUGUAAUCCCAUUCAGCGUCCCCACCUCCGUCGCUCUGUGAGUUCUUCGAGUGGCAAACCGCUGGAACAUCGCAUUCUCAGCACUGGUGCUCCAAUUUACAAGGCCCGACCUGUCAAGGUUCUACCCUCCUCCAGCAGCGAUUCGAGCUUUUCGCGGGGCAAAAUGUCGCGACCCCAAAUUCUGCAUGUCGUCGAUGGCCGUGGAGGAGUGGCGCCCGGAGGGGCUGGCGGCACGCUGCGCAGGAGGAGCAGUGCCAGGAGCAUUGCCAGCACAAUUAGCUCGGCAGCAGGAGGUGAGGCGGCUAAUGAAUAUCUGCAAAAAGUGGAUGCAGUUAGAUGCUACUGGAACAAGCUAGCAGGAAAUGAACCAGAAGCACUGAAAACAGAGCCGACGAAGUCGACAAACGAAAACCAGUCAGGCAUUCACUUCCAGUUGGGUGGAGAGACCACAACCCAAUCUUUGGAUAAAUCCCCACCAGUUGGCAAUGAUUUCUACAGCAUGAUGCCGCAUCCCUCCAUAGAAAUUGUGGAAUUGGGUGAGGGCGCUCAAAAGGCCACCAUUGUGAAGGCUGCUCCGGAACAGGAUGAGGACCAGGAUGAGGAUCAAGACCAGUUCGAUCACAUAAGGUACAAAGUGCUGAAGUCUCAGCAGCUGAUACGCAACAAUUUCCUCUCGACAAGAAACAAAAAAGAGGCCCAGUUCGACGGUUUGAUUCAGUAUCUGCAGGAGUACAGUUUCCAGGAGCUGCUGAGCAAUAACAAUGUGGUUAUAGUGGAGCCUGUGAGGACUAAGAUUGAACGACCUUUACAGGUGGGCAUAAAUGGGGGCAACACGACUACAACUGUUCCACCGCCAAAACCUCCUAGGGUAGUAAAUGCCUCGGGCUCUCAGCCACGGAAAACUCGGCAGAGACAAACUGGCGGCGCCGCUGCCAAAAGACAUUUCUUCUACCAACCUGUAAGGGUAAACCGAGAACUCUACGAGGAUGAGUUACCAGAUCCUGACACAGUGCGCAAUGUUCGUCGCUUCUUCGAGCAGAAUGUCCUGCCAACGCCUGGUCAGGGACUCCUGGUGCAGUCCCAGCAAAAGUUUGGUGGUUCCGCCUGUCAACUGAGUCCCAAAUCGAGAAGAGCACGGGGCUACCGAUACCUGACCAUCGAUACCAGUUACGGAGGAGCUGGCGAGGAGCAGCCCAAGGGAAUGGAACUGCUGGAGGAGCACAAGGCCAAGCACUGGGACAAUGCCAGUCUAUCGAGUGGCAUUUCCAGCGGUGAUUUAAGUUCUCCCUGCGGGGAAUAUCAUCACCAGGAAUCGCCAGUAAUGGCCUGCAAGGAUGUCCAUGUUCAGGACGUUGUCAGGCGGCACAAUAGCAAUGCUGCCAAUGCGAAGGCACGAUCUAAAUUUGCCAACCGACGCACCUGGUGCAUGGGCACAGGUCACGGCGGAGUGGGAGCAAAUGAAUCCCUUUACCGGCAAAUUUAUGAAAAUAAUUUGGGACAUUCUGAGCAGCAGGAGAAUGACGAACAUUUGGAGGAGGAGGACGAUGAACAGGAUGACCAGUACGAGGACGAUGUGGAGCAGGAUAUGUGCGAGAACUAUUACGUCAGCAAUGACGUGCUGGCCAAGAUAAGGGAGUGCGGCUCAAGUGUCACCUACUACGGAGGACGGGUCCUGGACAAGACCGCAACCAGCAACACAGCCCCGCCCACGAAAACCACUCAGCCAAUGACGGGGAGUGGAACCCGCAGCCGAGUUCGCCAAAUAGAGGCCUGCAAUGUGUGCCUGCCCAGCGAGAGAUGCGAACAUCGAUUGCAAACCAAACAAUCGGCAGCAGAACAGCAGCAUGACUCCUAUCAAGGCAUAAAAUUUAAGCUGGUCAAGUCCAACAGCUGCAGCAGUCGACUCGAGUUGGCCGGAACUGGAGAAGAUGAGGUCAACGCCGACAGCGAAGUUGUUCGAAAAAUGGUUCAUCACUUCGAGGCGAAUCAGACAACGACAGGCAUUGAUGGCCAACUGACCAUCAACAGCCAGAGUCAGAUAACGUUGGCCAAGGAGCCGGAGGAGGUCCCGCGACGCCAAGUGACAGUAAAUAAUCACAUCAAUGUGCUUGGGGACAUGCCCGAGGAGCUCGAGAGGGCUGAAAACUUUAAUGGCCAGCCGGAGAAUGGUUAUGGUGCGGAUAUAUUGCCCACAUACGAAAGUCAAGCCAUGAACAUACGCCUCGAUGUGCCUACUGAGGGCAAGAGCAUCCUGCAAGCUGCUGCCAGCAAAGUUUGUCGAAAUAAAAACGUGGACUUGGCCUACACGUUGGUUAAGACAACCACAAAUCCUCCCAAGGGCAGGCCCAUCGAAGCUCCGCGCCAGAAAAUUGGAAAACAACAUCGCGAAGUGGAGGAAAUUGGAGAAAUGACUGCCGUGACAAAGACUGUCAAGCUGACAAAGGCCCCAUCACAAGUCAUAGUGCCUGCAGAUUGUCACAGUCAGGCUUCGAUAGCUACAACAGCACCGAUUCCCGAGCGUCGACUGAGCAACGCCAGCAGUAGUAACUCUGCGGUGGACAAGACCGUGGUUCGUCACUAUGUGGCCAAUGAUAAAAGCAUCUAUGAGCGGCGCAAGUACGAUGAGAUAGAGUUCGAGGAGUUUGAGGUUUACGAUCCCAGCAAGGAACCACCUCAAGUGGAGGAAAGUCCCGAGAAAAUACCCACAGAUGCAGAGCUCUACGACAGCUUGGAUGACAAAAUGUGAACGAAAACCAAUGCUCAAACCAAUUACAAACAGCAACGACUACUUCUUGGGGUUUUGGGUAAAAGCGUUAAUCAUACCAUACAUCUACAUCGGUAGACUAAUUUAGCUUUACAGGUAAAGCCAAAAGAUUAUACCAUAAACUAUCCAAAGUAUAUAAUAUAUUAUUAUUUAAAUUUAAUUUGCAAUACAAAAUUUGUUCACCUGUACAUUAUAAAUUUAUGCUUAAAUAAAUAUGCAAUUUAUUUAACGAGCUGUGACUGCCGUCGACUAAUUAUUCAUUAUGCAUUUAAUUUACAGAAGCCUAUGGGCAGCUCUCACUGCCUUAUUGCUAAAACUAUCUAUCACGUUUCUGUGUGCAGAUAAACGGGAGACCACAACAGCCAAUAAUUGGUUAAACUAAUCUUAAAUUAACCCAUAAUUUAUUGACAUUUAUGAUUAAAAGCAUUUAUGAUUAGAAAGGGGAGGGGAAUU